AUGGAGGUGAAGAGGAGCGGAGGAAGGACCAACAAUCAGUUGCGCGCCGUGACAUCGGAGCUGGGACUUCUUAACAAGCCCGAUGGAUCCGCCAAAUACACAGCCGGCAAGAGCGCUGUGGUGGUUGCCGUUUACGGACCGAUUGAAGUGAAGCACAGGGACGAGAUCCUGGACCGUGCCACCAUCAAGGUCCACUGGAGCCCCUCCAGCGGCACCGGCGGUCCUGAAGAAAGGGAGAAGGAGAUGAUCGUGGCCAACGUGGUGCAAAACGCCAUCAUCGCCACCCUCCACCCUCGCACCCUCAUAGAGAUCGUCGUCCAAAUGCUCGCUGCGGCCAUCAACGCUACGUGCUUGGCGCUUGUUGACGCUGGCAUUCCACUCAAGUACCGACCUGCUCACCCCACUCUCGACUUUGCCUUGGAGCUCCUGUCGUGGAUCGCUUCAGUGACCUGCGCUAUCGCCCAGAACGGCGUGUUUGUGCUCGACCCCGACCUGGCCGAGGAAUCGGCGGCGCGAGCGGUCCUGUUGUUUGCGUUCAACAACCAGAACGACGGGGUGGUGGCGAGUCACAGCGUCGGGGUGCUGCGAAAGAGCGAGGGCGAGGGCGAGGAGUUUUACCUCACGUGUCUCGCCGCCGCCCGUCAGUCCGCCUUCACCCUCUUCUCCUACUACGCCGAAGCCAACAAGGCCCUCUACCAACACCUCCUCUGA